GAUGAUAUCACAGACGUAUUGUAGUUUCAACGUAAGUGAAAAUGUCUCGUUUACCAAGUGCCCGCCAGUUGCAAAACUAUUUCAAAGAGAAUGGGGAGGAAAAAAGUCCUGCCACCAACAAUGCCGGUAUACCAUUGGCCUACAAAGAUGCAUCGUUGACUGUCGGACCUAAGGGAUCUAUUCUUUUACAAGACACCGACUAUAUCGACGAAAUUGCUCAUUUUGAUAGGGAAAGAAUUCCAGAAAGAGUAGUGCAUGCUAAAGGAGCCGGCGCCCGUGGUUUUUUCGAAGUUACGCACGACAUCACAAAAUAUACGUCUGCUUGCGUAUUUUCCGCAAUCGGUCAAAAGACGCCGGUUGCUGUGCGUUUUUCUUCCGUUAUAGGCGAAUCUGGAUCAGCGGAUACCGUCAGAGAUCCAAGAGGAUUUGCGAUAAAGUUUAAUACAACUGAUGGAAUUUGGGAUUUGGUUGGGAACAAUACACCCAUUUUCUUCGUUCGCGACCCUAUCCUAUUUCCAAAUUUUAUUCACAGUUUCAAACGCAAUCCUGUAACACACUUAACCGAUUACGAUUCAUUCUGGGAUUUUUUAAGCCUUCGACCCGAAACGCUACAUCAAGUGUUGAUCUUGUUCUCGGACAGAGGAUUACCAGAUGGGCAUACCCAUAUGCACGGAUACGGAUCGCAUACAUUCUCGUUUAUUAAUUCGAAACGUGAAGUAUUUUUUUGCAAAUUUCACUUUAAAACCAAGCAAGGAAUAAAGAAUAUCGAUCCGGAUACCGCGGCACGACUUGCCGGAACCGAUCCUGACUACUCCAUUCGCGAUUUGUAUAAUCGUAUAGCAAACAAGAAUUAUCCUGAGUGGACGCUUUACGUACAAAUCAUGCCAGCGGCGGAAGCAAGGACAUGCCCCUAUGAUCCGUUUGAUGUUACAAAAGUAUGGUUUCAGGAAGAUUACCCUCUACAACAGGUGGGAAGAUUAGUGCUGGAUAAGAAUCCAGACAAUUACUUUGCAGAAAUAGAACAAAUUGGAUUUAGUCCUUCCCAUAUCAUACCCGGAAUUGGUAUUUCGCCCGAUCGAAUGCUUCAAGGAAGACUUUUCUCAUACUCCGAUACACAACGUUAUCGUCUUGGCACAAAUCACUUGCAAUUACCAAUUAACUCAUCCUUUAAAGUGCAAAAUUUCAGUAGGGAUGGCCCACAAACUAUCAACAACCAAGGCGGUGCCCCUAAUUAUCAUCCAAACAGUUUCGGUGGACCAAACUCUAGCAAGCGUGCCAAAGAUUUACUUAUACAUUUUGAGGAGAACGGCAUCACGGAUAGAUACGAUGCUAGAGACAACGAUAACUAUUCGCAACCAAGAAUAUUUUAUCAAAGAGUUUUAUCUGCCGAUGAGAGAUCUAGGUUGAUUCAAAAUAUAGUAGACCAUCUAUCCAACGCUAAUCCCACUAUAAGAGAAAGAGCAGUUAAGCAGUUCGCUUUGGUGGAUGCAGAUUUUGGAAACAAAAUCAAGAGCGGUUUGCCUGUAUAACUCUUCAAUAGUUUGCAACACUAUUAUUCGAUGUAACUUUCAAUGUAAAAUAUAAAUUUACAUUCAA